UCUUCAAGCAGUGUCAUAUCUCCCAUUUCAUCUUCAUCUACAUCCUCUUCCAUUUCCGCAGCCCCUGAUAGGAAUUCUUUAAUUCAUUUACCUCCGAGGAAAUUUUCUCAAGGUUUAGUCUAUUCUCACUCAGCUGUCCGCAGAUCAUCAUCAUCCCCCUCCUCAUCAUCAUCAACAUCCUCAUCAUCAUCCCCCUCCUCAUCAUCAUCAUCCCCCUCCUCAUCAUCAUCAUCCCCCUCCUCAUCAUCAUCAUCCCCCUCCUCAUCAUCAUCAUCCCCCUCCUCAUCAUCAUCAUCCCCCUCCUCAUCAUCAUCAUCCCCCUCCUCAUCAUCAUCAUCCCCCUCCUCAUCAUCAUCAUCCCCCUCCUCAUCAUCAUCAUCCCCCUCCUCAUCAUCAUCAUCCCCCUCCUCAUCAUCAUCAUCCCCCUCCUCCUCAUCAUCCCCCUCCUCAUCAUCAUCAUCCCCCUCCUCAUCAUCAUCAUCCCCCUCCUCAUCAUCAUCAUCCCCCUCCUCAUCAUCAUCCCCCUCCUCAUCAUCAUCCCCCUCCUCAUCAUCAUCCCCCUCCUCAUCAUCAUCCCCCUCCUCAUCAUCAUCCCCCUCCUCAUCAUCAUCCCCCUCCUCAUCAUCAUCCCCCUCCUCAUCAUCAUCCCCCUCCUCAUCAUCAUCCCCCUCCUCAUCAUCAUCCCCCUCCUCCUCAUCCCCCUCCUCCUCCUCCUCCCCCUCCUCCUCCUCCCCAUCCCCAUCAUCCCCAUCCCCAUCCCCAUCCCCAUACCCAUCCCCAUCCCCAUCCCCAUACCCAUCCCCAUCCCCAUCCCCAUCCCCAUCCCCAUCCCCAUCCCCAUCCCCAUCCCCAUCCCCAUCCCCAUCCCCAUCCCCAUCCCCAUCAUCCUCAUCAUCAUCCUCCUCCUCCUCCUCCUCCUCAUCCUCAUCAUCUCUUUCCAACAAUCCCUCUACACUUGUAACCAAUCCCGUUCCUUAUGACGUUCUUCCAAUUUGCGUAGUGAAGCUGCAAACGGAUGGGGCAGUGGAGAGCACACAGGUGACAUAG